CGCAAAGAAUAACCGAAUUGAUUUCGAAUCGGCUCUUUAGAACGAAUCAUUAAAAUAACCUGUUCGCGUAAGAUUCGGGCUGCCCGAUCACACCACCAACAAACGAUAAAUAUGGUAAAGAGGUGCGUUUUAGGAUGUUAUCCGCACAAAACCUUGUUUCCCUUCCCUAAAACACAGUGGCUGCGAUCCCGCUGGCUUGAGUUUUUGCAUUUUGAGGAAGCAGGGAUAUCGGAGAGCUCGCGCUUGUGUUCUAGACAUUUUGCACCUGAAUUCUUUACAAAUUUGAAGCAGUACGAAAUGGGCUAUUCAGACUUCCUGUACCUGAUAGACACGGCUGUGCCGUCAGUAUACACCGUUGGUCCAUCACCAAGCGUAAAGCCACUGACACGAGAAGUGGGCUGCCAGUGUAAUGGUCCGCUUUUGAAGAACGUGUCAAUCCAAGCAGUACGUGCCCAAAAGAAGCCAAAAAUAAGGAGUAAAGCAAUUCAAGUCAAACCCCUGAAACAUUGUGCAAGCAUCUCCUGCUCUGAAGAGGAUUUUAGUGUCAGCCAUGAAACUUCCCUCACAUUAAUGCCCGCUAAAAGACUACGAAUGGAGGACAGCACUGUUGAAUCUACCAAGGGGCCAUCGGACUGUAAACAGGAACCAUCAGAUUCUUUACACAUGCCUGAUGUGAUUCAUGAAGACAACAUAAAACUUGAGCCCUGUGAUUCUUCGUACAUCGUCGUCACCAUCUGAAUCCUCCAUUUCGUCAUCUGCAGAGAACAGGAUCUGACCGGAGAAGAAAAAAGGGGAUUUAAACACAGUUUGAACAUUUCUCACUCCAAGUGGAAUACUCCUUCCAAACAUUACCUAAUAAACGAAUAAUACAGUCGUGAUAUUACAGAUUGACUGACAAAGAUCUGACUCUUGGAAAGGAUACAGACACGGGUACUGUAUGUGUCAACAAGCAAAUAGUCGACACCUCAAAGUGGCAUGUGGAUGGAAAUACUAAACUUACAACAAGGACACACAAUCCACAAUUGUCGCAACCAUUAAUUUUUCAGUUUCCUGCUCAUAUAACUUACCUUGAAUCUAUCACCACUCACAGGGGUGAACAGUAAUUUAGUUUAAAAGGAUAUGCAUUUAUUUAACAAAAGUGAAUCAAUUAUUGAGAAGUCACUGCCACAUAAUUAAACACUGGUCACCUUUACAAAUGUAUGGAAUGUUUUGUAUUCUAUUGUUGCACACAUAAACCUUUAUUUGUCCAAGUAAUGUCUUGCAAUGAAAAUAAUGUUUACACAGAGAUAAUAACCGGAUGUGCUAA